AUGGAGGUCGACUCAGGUAAAGUUAGCGUAAUGUUUAUGUGUGCUGCUCUAAAUACUGAAAAGUCCGGAUAACCAACAUUUAACUUUAGUAUUAGCCUACCAGCUAAUGACGCUAGCCUUAAACUUUAUCAAACGGCCGAGGCUAACAGCUUUGACCUGCUGGUUAAUGAUUUUACAAGAAUAGUCUGUUAAACUCCACCGUUUGAUGUCGGUGUUUGUGUCUGUGUGUGUUUUUACUGAAACUAUCCAAACUCCUCUGGUGACAUUUUUACAGGCUGAGUCUGUGAGUCUGGGUUUGCUGUUGUCUCAAAUACAACAAGGGGAACAGACAGAGUUUGGUCGUUAGCUCAUGUUGAUCUCAGUAGAAAACCUUUCAUGACAUGUUGACAUGAUUUCUGAGGCUUGGAGCUUGUUUUUGUAACAUUUCAGACUUUUAAUAUCAGCUGUAAGGCACAGGGGAGGAAGGUUACUGAGGAGGAAACUUCUGUAAAAGCAGAUAAACACAGGGACAGUCUCAAAUACAGCCUUUUCUUUACAGUAAUUACAUUUUUUUUAAAGGACACAGUCUGUCUGGUAAUGAUCAAAUUAACAUAUUGAGUCCUAAACAAAGUAUUAAAUGUGUAAACUGAAGUAUUGACAGGUCCAAGUGCUGCAUACAUACAGAUUCAGACAGAUAAAGAUGCAAAAAAAGAGAAAAGUACUUGCUGUAUUUACACAAUAUUUUGAUAAGCUAUCAGUUUAAAUGGCAGGACUCUGAUUUAGACUGAUAAAACUGCUAUCAUUAUUAGAGAUUUGUGUUGUAUAUAGUGUAAAAACUUAUAUUAUCUCUAAAUCUUUACUCAUUUUACUUAUUUUAUCUAUUUAUCUCUAUAUUUUUACUUAUUUUAUCUGUUGUAUCUUCUAUUUUAUCUUUUAUUUGUCUCCUUGGGGAUUAUUAAAGUGUUUCUGAUUCUGAUUCUGAGAUUGAUCGAUUAACAGCAUUUAGAUAAUAAACCACAUCAAAUUCGGAUCGGGUCUUACAAAGCUGAUAUCACUUUCAUCCUUUAUGGACAAAAACAUUUUUCCACCCCCACCGACAGCAUAUCAGAUCUAAAAGAGUCACUGUUUAGUGUUUCAUGUAAAUGAGAUUAAGAUGGAUAAACCAGCAGUUUUGUUUUUCACAAAUUAAAAUCAUGAAUUUGUAAUAUUUUGUCCAAUGUUGUGGGUUUGAAUAGCCCUCUAAGUUCAGUAAUAUUGUGUAUUUGUCUGUUAAAUUUGUAUGUUUGUAUGUUAAAUUUGCUGCCUCAGGCCAUCUGUCACUAACACUUAAGUUAUAAAUUUGAGCCUACAUGGAAAAUAUUAUUAUGUCUCAGGAUGUAGAAAUGGGUCCCAGUUGUAGGGCUGGGCGAUAUAGCCUCAAAUCAAUAUCCUGAUAUAUUGAGCAGUUCACCUCGAUGAUGAUAAAUGGACGAUAACUACUCCACAAGCUGCUCACCUCCUUCCAGAUUAACUUUGUUUCCUUCAGCCGCUACAACUUUUUUAACCGUCCUCCAUCUUCUCACCUGUCUCUCCCUCUUUGACUGGAUGGGGUGGAGUCAUGUCUCUAAUAUAACGUCUUAAAGCGACAUGUGACCAUAGCCUACCUCCCACAUCCAAAACCAACUUUUAUGUAAAAUUUCUUUUGACGCCGAAUACUCCGACAUGGGCAAAAUGACGUCGUAAAUUUCAGUAUCGGUAAAUUUUCCGUUUAUCGCCCAGCCCUACUGAAAAAUUGGGAUUGUAAAAAGAGUAGCUACUGAGUAUCAUAAUGCUAACAUGUAGCUAAAAUAAAAUUCUGCUCUUUUUCUUUUAAGUCUUCUUCACUGAUCGUAGUGGGAGAGUCACUAGUAACCCACUAUUAGACCAGCUCCCCAGCUACCAGUCUCUGCUGUACCGCAGGAAGUCAUCAACCAGUGGCAGCAAGCGAAGAGAAAGCGCUAGAGCCAGACUUGGCUCCUCCGGCAGUGGGAAAUGGGGCAUCAGCACAUUCAAGAGACAUAAGGAAAAACUGAAGGGUCCGACAGAGGAGAGACCCAUCCGGGAACUGGCCAAGACCAUGGCCGAGAAACGUAGAGACAAGUAGGAAAGACAUCGCCGUUCUGUAUUUAUUAUCUCCUUGAAAAAGGGCAUGAAAGAAAUGAUUUAAACAAUGCCGAUAAUGUCUUUACAACUCAUAUAUUUGCCUGUAUUUUAUCAGCACACAGCGUUUGGAGGAGGCUAAAGAGCUCAGCAGCUGGAGUCAUUUCAGGCAAAGCACUCGCAGGCAUCUGAGGAAGCUGAGAGAUGAUGUUGGAGAAUGGAUAAGCUCCCUGAAGCUCUGGAGGGGAGAUAUUCACCUGAUCGAGGGUGAGAGAUCAAAACUGCAUCUUUACCCUCAGAGACAUCCAUUGAUUUCUGUCAAGAAUGGUCUGACAUGAGUAAACGUACUUCAGCUGGGACCAAACACUGCAAACUUGGUGUAGUUUGAAGUCUAUUGAACCCUUCUCUUUCCCUUUAUAUUUCAGGAACGUUUGGCACAGGGAUCCUAUCGUACUUCUCCUUCCUGCGCUUCCUUGUGAUGCUCAAUUUGAUCAUAUUUCUGCUCAUGUUCAGCUUCGUUAUGUUACCUAUCAUCGUCGCCCCGAGUGCUUCAGGGAAUAUCACCUACAACAUGCAUGAUGGUGAGCAGACACUUGUUAAAUUUAACCCACAAAGAAUAAGAUAUUAAAAACUGAUGAUUUAGUACAUGUUCAUAAAUGUAUAAUUUCUGUUAAAUAUCAGUAAAUAAGCUUUCUGUGUGAUCGGACUUUAUACAGACACUUUUGAAUUUUGUCCAAAAAAGACCAUCUUGCUUUUUGUCACCAGUAUAUUUGUCUGUGUAUCCAAGGACUUUUUGGACCAGAACUGUGCCAGAGGUCGCUAUAAAAACUGUUAGGAUCUCUCUUUUUUCAUGUGGUACCAAAAGGAGAAUUGAUUGUUGAUUUUUUUCAGUGCAAUAAUCGAGGGCUGCAGCUAUCGAAUAUUUUAGUUAUCGAGUAUUCUACCGAAUAUUUCACACACGUUUUUUUCUCUUUAUUUUGCACUAAAAAUGCGCAAAUUACUGUCACAACACAAACAGUUAUGAUUUUAGACAGGGACCGGAGACGUCACACAAGUUUUUUUCUCUUUAUUUUGCUCUGAAAACACGCAUAUCACUGACAUCCUCAUGGCCACAGACACAGCAGCACCGUUUGCACAACACAAAAAGUGAUGAUUUCAGACAGCCAGAGCAGCUCUGUGUCACUCACCUCCCACACCUUAGACACUUUUUGCCUUUUUAAAAAUGUAUCUUCUUCUCUUUUGUCGUCACUUUUUGUGUUUUCCUCUUGUUUUCCCCUCUCAUCAUUCAUUUUUACCGCUCCGCAAAACCAAAACCACGCUUACUCCUCCUUGUACAUUGGUGACUUAAGUGCGUUGUGUCACCGUGAAAAUAAUCCGUGUGAACAGUGAUGACUUGAGUUUAUAAACGAGCACUCGAGGCAGGGAGAAUUCCUCAAUCAUUUUUUGUAAUGGAGGUACUGAAGGUAUCAUCGCAGUCCUACAAUAAUCUGAUCAGAGUCUGGUAUUUUUAAAAGCCAGAUCUUAAUUGUUUUCGUGUCUGUCUGCAGGAAGUGUGUGCAGUGUGUAUCCAAGCAGCGCACGUCGAGGUCUGGUUAUCUUCCAUGAGCACAUCACAGAUCUGCUGUCUGGUGGAGUAAGUUCUUACACUUCACGUUUCAUGGUCUCUAGGAGAAAAACAAGAUCGCUUUUGAUCUCAUCACUUCCACUUUGUGCUCAACCUGCAGGGCUUUCUGGAGCAAACCUAUCUCUUUUAUGGACACUACAAAGUGGACAAAAUCCACUUUCCAAAUACCACUUACAAUCUGCCACUGGCCUACCUGCUGGUUACCAUAGCCUACUUGUUCCUCAGUCUGAUCUGGAUUGUCAAAAGGUAACAUUCAGGCUGAAUCAUGCUAUGUAGAGUCUUUGAGGAAACUGUGAUUUAAAGUUAGUUAUUUUUGAUUAUUUCUCUCUUAGGUCUGCCACGGGAUUCAAACGUAACCUAAUUCAAGAUGAGGACCGCUUUCAAAGCUUCUGCAACAAGAUUUUUGCCGGCUGGGACUUUUGCAUCACGAAUGAGAACGCUGCAAAGCUGAAGAGAAGCAGUUUACUUUAUGAGCUGAAGGUGAGCUGAAUUUCUGUUGAAGGUGACGGCAGGAACAGAAGAAGUGAGAUAAGAUAAAGACAAAUAGAAAGCCUGGUCUAAUCUUUGAGGCGGUUCAUUUUCUGUUUUUGUUCCUGUUUUAUCACUUAAAAUAUUUACCCGACUCAUUUUCCUUUAUCGCCAGACGGAUUUGGAGGAGGAGAGGAUCAAACAGAAAAUAGCAGAUCGCACCCGCAAAGAGAAGUGUCGGAUUUACCUCAUCCGCCUCAUCCUCAACCUUUUUGUCAUCGCUGUUCUGGCCGCUUGCUUCUACAGCAUUUAUAUAGCCACCACUUUUUCCCAGGAAGCUCAGAUGAAUAACGUUAAGGUAUUGAGUUCCUGUUGAUUUCUUUUGAUGUUUUCUCAGUCACUAAGAGUUUUAGACUGAAUCAGACUUUAGGAAGUUUCAGAGACAUCCUUUUUUUUUAAUGACACUGGUUUCUCUUUUGCAGGAGAAUUUCAUCGUGGAUCUGAUCUACGAGUAUCUUCCCUCUAUCGUGAUCACUUUGGCCAACUUCGUCACCCCGCUCCUCUUCUCCAUCAUUAUCAACUAUGAGGACUACUCUCCUGCCUUUGAGAUCCGAUUUACACUCAUGAGGUAAUCUAGACUCAUCUUUUCACCUGAAUGGUCUUACCAACUUUAACUACAUUUAAGGAAACACACUAAAAACAAUGUAAAUGUCGUGUUUGUUCUUAAAAAUGAUGAAGUACACAAAGAAAAAGUGAUGCUCUUCUUAACCUCUUCGUCCACCUGUUUUUUUUCUCUCUCUCUCUGCAGGUGUGUCUUCAUGCGGUUGACCAGCAUUGGCGUUUUGCUCUUUUCUCUCUGGUCUCAGAUCACUCAUUGUGAAGAGGAUCCCUGUGUCUGCGGCUAUAACCAUGUGCUUUACUCUGUAAGUGACCAGAAUUGGAGCGUCUUUGUUUGCUCUCCUCUCUCUGCAGUGAAGGAUUUGAUUUCCUGCCUCCUCCAUGUUAACAGAUGGAACAUGUGUUGAACUUCAAAAAUCAAAACACACAUCAAAGUAAACUUUCUUAAACAGGAUUUCUAUUAGUUUACACAUGUUAGCAUUUUAAGUCAUGUCCAGAUCGUCAAUUUUCCAAUAAGUUUGUUUUUUUAUGAGUCAUUGGAUGGUAAAAACGGGGUACAAAGCCAUAAUUGACAGCUUCAUUUAAGGGAUAUUCCAGCGUAACUUUAAGUGCUCAGUGAGCUGCAGAAAAUAAACUAACUUCCCUCCUAUAAAGUAUGAAACAUGGGAUAUCUUAUUAGUGUAUUUCAUGACAGUCUAAAAAAUUAAUUAAAAAAAAGGUAAAGAUCAUAUAUGAUGGAAAAAACUGUGAUAAAAAUAAGAGUGAUGGAGAAAAAGAUCGACAAAAGCCUGAGGGCAGGUUUUUAUAAUGUUAGUGGGAGUGGUUUCAGUUCAGAGCUAUGAUUUCUGAUUGUUUCUCCUCACUCCCUCCUUAUAUCUUGAUUCACUAAAACCUUCAUUUAAUCCUCAUUACUUUCAGAAAUGCCUCUCUGUUCAAUUUUACAUUUAUCUUUGUUUACUUUACAUUUGUUCUCUACAGUGUUGGGAAACCCGCGUGGGACAAGAAAUGUACAAACUCACCAUUUUUGACUUCAUCAUCGUCGUCGCAGUCACCAUCUUUGUGGAGUUUCCCAGAAAGUAGGUCCUUAUCUGUUUGCAUAGCCCCAAAAAACACAUAUCUGCCGCCUCUAAAAAAUCCGAAAAUAUUCUGUUAGAUCUGUUUUCGUUCUGUUUUAGAUCUGAAAUAGACGUACAUGACAGCAGACAGAUUUGACAUAUGUCUGAGCCUUUCCAUUGUUUGUAGACACACAUAAAAAAAGUCUUUUUCAUUUUUGUCUUUAAUUGCCCAUCAUCAGGCUGAUAGUGAAGCACUGUGAUUGCGGCCUGGCUAAGUGGUGGGGCCAGCAGGAGUUCGCUAUUCCCCAGAAUGUGCUGGAGAUCGUCUACGGUCAGACCAUCUGCUGGAUCGGCACGUUCUACAGCCCGAUGCUGCCUGCUAUCUGCACCAUCAAAUAUUUCUUCAUCUUCUACAUCAAAAAGGUGAGCGUUUUUUCUUACACGUGUUUUUGAAUCUCGAUCAGAAGAAUGACUACAGCUCCUGUUGUUACCUCUCCGCUCCUCACCUGUAGGUCUCACUGAUGAAAAACUGCCGUCCAGCCACGCGUCCCUUCCGAGCGUCCAGCUCUAACUUCUUCUUCCUGGGUGUGCUGCUGAUAGGUCUGGCUCUGGCCUGUCUGCCUGUCACUGUCAGCGUCGCACAGUGAGUAAUGUAAUGCUAUUCCAGUCUAUUAAGUAAUCUCAUGUUUGCUCUGAUACAAACUCGAGGCGGGAGUAUUGAUAUGAAAAGUCAAUAUUUGCUUUUUGAUGUGAAGUGUUUCUGAAGUAGAUGUGCUCACUUUCACAUCCCUUGUUGCACAGAAUCAACUGCUCUCAAGCCUGUGGACCAUUUGUUAAUUACAACACCUCAUGGGAGGUUCUACCAACAACAGUAUCCCAGCUUCCUGAUGGAGUUCGAACGUUGCUGUUUACUCUCUCCUCGGAGGCCUUUGCUGUCUCUUUCUUUGUUGUCUCAUGGUAUGUAUUUACAGUGUUUCCCCAGAACUUUUUUCAGCAGCGGUGCUGCUGUGUCUGUGGCCAUGAGGAUGGGAUGUUGACCCAUAUUCAUGUGUGUGAAAAUAGUUUCAAAUUAAAUGACCUUGGAUUCCUUAUAGACAGGAUUACACAGCUUUGUAUUUUAACUCAAUUUUCAGCUUUUGACAUUUAUCUGAGGAAAAUGAAAAUAAUUAAUGUCUCAACACAGAAAUUUACUCACAAAUUUGUUCGCAUGCAUGCAGAUGGUGACAUGCUCUUCUUGUUGCCUGUUCCUCAGGUCAGUCUUUACCUAGAAAUUUUCGCCGUUACCGCCAUUCUCUUGCGACUCAAGAAGCUACGCUGUUACCUUCACGUUACCCGUACUUCUCGCUAUAUAGACUGUGUAUGAACUUGAACGUUCACAUUAAUGGAAGAGGGUCCGACAGGAUUUGAUGCGCUUGUUGAUGACUCAAAACAAGUAGAAAAUAAUGUUGUGUGUUGUUGUGCUCACACAGUGCGAGUAGAAAUCAUUAGUGGUGCAUUGAUAUUAAUGAUCAUGUGAAAUUUCAGUCGUGGCUCUCUUAAUUCAGUAGAACAUCAUAUAACUCAUGUUUGAACUGUAGGUUUCUACUUUUCCAGCUGUAAUUUAAACACUUUUUAUUCCUCUCUGCAGUUUGGCCAUGUUUUAUGUGAUAGCGCUGGCUGGAGCCCACAAGAGAGUUAUAAACCAGCUGAGGGAGCAGCUAGCGAUGGUAGGGUUUGUUGACUUCAUACUUUUAUUUUAGAAAUUGUACAUAUUUUUACACCAACCACGCUUGAUCAUCAUUUGACAGUCUAUAUGAUAUUUGUUUUCCAGGAGGGCCGCGACAAGCGUUUCCUGAUCCAAAAGCUGUGCCAGGCCCAGAGGGUCUCGACCUUCAGAUCCUCGGCACCUAAAUUUCAGCCCCGCAGCCCGAGCUAUCACACCAGCUUCGCUAACAACUACGAUGAUAGUGUGUUCCUGGCACACCCACCUCCUGACUCCUCUACUCAUGUGUGAGAGGAGAUACGCCUGACUUCACAGGUACAAGACCGGACAUGUGGACUGGAGCUAAGAAGAGUCUGGAUCACUGUCUUAAAUUAUCUUUGUUUUUUGUUUUUUUCAUUGUGAAAACACUACAGCUCUGGACCAGUUGACACAAAUAUGUCUCUUUUUUUUUUAAGUAUUAUUUUGUUGUUUUUCUGAUAAUGAUCAAACCAUGAGGAGGUAACACUAUUUAUGUAUUUUUCUGCCAUUGUAAUGAUUGUUACUCGCAUGUUUUUGUUUUUUCCCUGACUGUAUGUACUUUCAUCUUUCCUUCUGAGAAGGACUUGAAUUAAUAUAACCACUGGGGUUUUCUGAAUUGCACUUUAAAUAUCAUCACACCAGCAUUCUCUUCCUCUUAUUAUGUUUUAAUAGAGUUUGUUUUGUGUCAUGUGUGAGUUAUGACUAUCAUGUUUUUUUGUCAGGUUUCAAAAUAGUGUGGAAAAAAAAACUACAUUUCUAACUACAAAACUGUAACAAAAACACUUUUCUUUUUUUUUCCAAAUGUUUUUACACUUUUUAGAACACAGUCUGCUGUGUACACUGAAGAUACUUAAUCAUAACAACAAAACAAGAAAUGCUUAAAAACAAUUAGUAAUUACUCCAGAAAUAACACAGAUCAUCUUAAGAUCGGUUAACUUUGAAUGUGGUUUUUGCUGCAGACAUUUAUUGGUUAUUUUAAUAACAAUGUCAUACCUAAAAUAACUUUCUUCAUUUUUUAAAUCUGUAACGUAUACAUUUUCAAUGACAGAUUUUGCAUUUUUGUCAAAAAAUACACAGUUCUUCUUGUUUCUGCAUAGGUACUGUAUUAAGGUUUUACUGACAAGUUUUAGAGGGUAAACUGCCCCUCUAACUGUGUUAAACUGUGGACAUUGAUCAUAAGGGAACAUUGAAAGAAUGGUUGUUCUUACUAAAAUGCCUCUUUGUAGAGUUUAGUAUGCUAAACUUACGUUUUUAAAGCUGUUUGACUUUUAUCAUUUUGUCUUUUUAUGUCUUUGGUGGUGGCCUUUGAUUUUAAUUGUAAAAAAUAGAGAAUAAAUAUUUAAAUGUAAAAUAAUCUUCAUUUUGUGUCGAUUUUUCCGCGUCCAGCUUUCCGCAAGAGUGGUUUAACCCUAGAACUCUUAUCACUGGGUGAUUUACAGCCGACCAAACAUGUUUACGUGAUUUUCAUUAUGUUGCUUUUGUCUGAGUAUCACGGGAUUGCCUUUGACAUCUUUGAAGGCAUAUUUGUUUCCCUGAUCCAAAACCUCCUACAGACACGUGUUCACAGGGUGAUUUUCACCCAGCAAUAGUGAUAGAGGGUAAAGUAGGCUUGGGUGGAUUUGAUAACUGCAUGUAGGGAAUAAGGUCAGUAAGAGUGGUCCUGGAAUUUGCAUACUAUCUUUAUUUAGCACAGUGGUUAUGAAUAACUAUCACAAAGUAGUGAUUUUCAAGGAGAUUGAUGUGGUGGCUUUUCACUUUUUUUCACAAAUUUUCAUGACGCUUUUCAUUAAUUGCCUUUAAUAUUUCUCUUGGAUGUGUGGGUGGGAGGGUCGUGUUUUAUUGUCGUCAAUUGUUGUUUUUAGCCUCUGUGAAGCACUUAGAACUGUAUUUUUUGUAUAAAAAGUGCCAAAAGAAUAAAGUUGAAUUUGAAUUUCGGUGAAAUAUUUUAGUCAGCUGGUCAUUUUUACUAAUGUGUGUGUGUGUGUGUGUGUGUGUAUUAGGGACAUGAAUGUUCAUGAAUGCCUCAUUUCAGUUAUUAUGUUGCAUUUUUAUAUGGUCCCCUCAAGGCACUUUUUCCCCUCUCUUUGGACAUUGCACAGCUAAAAAUAAAAGAAAACUAAUUUAUUUUGUCGUGUAUUGUAUAUUUUGAUGACAGUUGCUUUUACUGGGUAUAUUAUUUCGGGUAAAAAUCACUUAGCGAUAGUGAUAGUGUUUGUAAUUUUAGCGAUAGUGUUCUGGGGUUAAAAUCCUUCCACCUCCAGGCCAGCAGGGGUCGCUGCUUCAGGCGCUGCUCUCGGUCGUUGACAGCAGCUCAGCUGGUCCGGAACUGAAGGCAGCGUGCAGUUGCUCCGACAGUCAGCCGAAAUGUUGAGAAUAACGAUCCGGGCAGACGUGGGAGCCAUCUGGGUGUUGUUUUGUAUCACCUAUUCUCAGUUCCUGACCGUGUCCUCUGAUGAUAUCGUGGUGGCAUGCGGAGGAUUUGUGAAAUCAGACGUGGAAAUCAAUUACUCUUUGAUCGAGGUGAGAGUGCAGACGAGCCGGCUAACAGGCUAACAGUGAGCCGCUGACGGCCGGAUGGGGGGUGGAAACGACUGAGUGACAGUUUGAAUGAAAAAUGAAAAUAACUAGACGUAUUUAAGUCAACCUUUGUUUAUUUUCACUGAGACACAUUAACUACAGCCACAAAGGAAGUCUUCAGCUGCUGUAGCUGUUUGCUAAUUUUCGUAGUUUGAUGUUGCAAUACAGUCAUUUUGUCUGAAACAAACUCGUUUUACUUCAUUAACAGAGGAUUAUUGUGUAGUAUAUUUGUGUAGUAUAACGUGUCUGUCCGCCGGCUAGACGUGUAAGUGCUGGUCAUGAGUCCUAAUCCCCGAUAAUGAAGGGACUCUGUGGGAUUAGCCAUUUGGCUGUUUAGCAAAGUUCAACCUAAUCCAGGAAAGAUGGUUAGUUUGUGUCAUGGUAAAUACAGGUUAUAGUAGGGCUGGGCGAUAUGGCUUCUAAUCAGUGUCAUGAUAUUUUGAUCAGUUCGCCUCGAUAAUGAUAAAUGGACGAUAACUACUCCACAAGCUGCUCACCCCCUCCCACAUUCACUUUGUAAACUUCAGCUGCUACAACUUUUGAAUCGUCCUCCAUCUCAUAGACAUUAUAUACGUAGACACCUCAUUAUGUGCUGGAGCGUAAUCCAGCGUCGCCGCUGUAUUGGAUAGGUCUCUCCACUCCAGGCUCGGGUACUGAGUAUACUGAUAUGGGCAUAAUGACAUCAGUUAUUGUUGCAAAUUUUGGCAUUGGUAAAUUUUUGGUUUAUCGCCCAGCCCUAGGUUAUAGUUUAGCACCUCUUCGUGCGUCUGAAUCAGAUGUGAUUUCACCUUUAUCCUACUUCAUAUGAAUUUAUCAUGUACCCUGUUAUUCCUCCACAGAUCAAACUGUACACCAAACAAGGAUCACUGAAAUAUCAGACCGAUUGCGCUCCAAUCAAUGGCUACUUCAUGAUUCCUCUCUAUGAUAAGGUUUGAGACGGAUACUUUUGAGCAUUUUUAACUCUCCUAUUCACCGAUGAUUGUUGUCAUCUGAAGGUUUUUCUCUUUCAAACAGGGAGACUUUGUUUUAAAGAUUGAGCCUCCUCUUGGAUGGAGCUUUGGUAAGAAAGUACAACAGCAGCACCCACACAUUUUAGCAAACAUGCAUCCGAUUUGGAUUGUUUCUGUUGUUAUUUACAUGUUUGCUCAUUGCCUGAUUUUAAUAUUUGACCAGAGCCAACCAGUGUCGACCUGCAUGUGGAUGGAGUCAGUGACAUCUGCACAAAAGAAGAAGACAUUAACUUUGUCUUCACUGGCUUCUCAGUGUCGGGAACGGUGAGUAGUGAGCAAUGAGAAUUGAAAGAGUCGUGACGUCCCUUAAAUUUUAAAUGAAUCUAAAUUUUAAUGAAGAAAAAAAAGCUGAGCUCCUGUUUGUUUGAAAAGAUGUUUAAAUGCACAACAAAUAAGUCCAGGACCUCAAUCUCAGAGCAGAUUUUGUCGUAGGAGUGUUAAUUAAUUUUGAUCAAUUGUUGAUUAAAUUUAAUUUCCUUAAAGGAAUCUUCCCAAAAGGAUCAUUAAAGUGCUAUCUAAUCUGAUUAAAUCUAGUCAUUAAAAAGUAACAGGCAGACUAACUUCACAUCAUAACUCUAAUCUCUGACUUUCAGAUUUUAAGUAAAGGCCACCUCCUGGGUCCGGCUGGAGUUGAGGUCAGACUGAGCACAGUAGGGACGGAGGAGAAACUCCAGAGUGUCGUCACACAGCCUGGAGGAAAGUGAGUGGUUCACACUUCGCUGUUUUCUCCGUUUCAAACUUGUUUAUUGAUCCCAUCAUAUGUUUUUAACUGUUCACCAUUUAUUGAUCAUUCCUUCACAGGUAUACUUUUUUAAAAGUGCUCCCUGGAAAUUAUGAGAUCACAGCAGCUCAUCCCUCCUGGACUCUGGAAAAGGUUCUUACCUUCAUCUCACCUUUAUAAUUAAUAUGUAUAUAUGUUCUUAGUAGGGCUGGGUGAUAUGGCCUCAAAUCAAUACCAUGAUAUAUUGAGCAGUUCACCUUGAUAACGAUAAAUGGAUGAAAACUACUCCACAAGCUGCUCACCCCCUCCCACAUUAACUUCAUCUACUUCAGCUAUGACAGCUUUUGAACCGUCCUAAACCGUCGUUUAGGACAGCGUCCUAAAGGGACAUGAGACCAUAGCUUACCUACAAACAUCCAAAACCAACUUUAUUUAUUUAUUUUUUUGACACAAUAUAUUAACAUGGGCAAAAUGACGUUGGUUAUUGUCGUAAAUUUCAGUAUCGGUAAAUUUUCAGUUUAUCGCCUAGCCCUAAUUAUUAGUUCUUUGUUUAAUUUUGUUAGUUUAUAUAUGUGUAUGUUUAUACAUGUAGCAUGAAUAAAAGUGGAAAUUUGAUAGGGGGAAACAUGUAUCUCUCAGGUAUAAUAUAUGCGAACUGCAUUUAUGUACAUCAGCUUUUCUAGCUACUUUUUGUUCAGGUGUACAGGAUUUUUAAGACAUCAAUGUUUCAGGCAGAUUUUUCACAUUUAUUUUUUUGCUAUAUUUAAACCACUAGAACGAUCACAUAUUCAUUUUUCAAACUGCUGAUUUGAUAUGUAAAUUGAUGUGAGAACAAAUUUAUGUUCAGUAAAUCACAGACAACAACAGUGUUUAAAACACAGCUUCAUUUUUUUGAAACGGCUUCUGAGUUGACCUGUGUCUCAAUGCCUUUUUUCUAUCCUCAGAUUUAAACUGUCUGAAUCGUGUUUUUAAAUUCUGUAUUAUUUAAAAAUAGGUAAUAUGACAUGAAAUCAUUUUGCUCCGCUCUGAGUUGAUAGGUUUGCAGGUUUGUAAUGAGUGAUUUUUUCUUCAUUGUUACUCACUUGUUGGCUGUCCUCCCCCUCUAUUUUCAACAGAGUUCUACUUCAGUACAUGUUUCCAAUUCCAAUGCCCCAGCUACUGACCAUCUGGUAGUUGGAGGCUAUGACGUGUCUGGGGAGGUCCGCAGUGAUGGAGAGCCCAUGAAAGGGGUCACCUUCCUGCUGUACUCGGCUACAGUCAACAAAGAGGUGAACAAACUUCUUUAUUUGACUUAAUUCAUCUGAGUUGUAUUCAUCUGUGAGUAUUACUCUCACAAACCAUAACUCCAUGUAUGUGUCCUGUCAGGAUGUCAGCGGCUGUAACUUAACUCCAGUAGAGGGCGCUGAUCCCGGGGACAGCUCUCUGGUCUACCUUUGCAGCGCUCUCUCCAGGGAAGAUGGGACCUUCCUCUUCCCUUCACUGGCCAGCGGCGACUACACUGUGGUAAGCCGUCAGAUUUGAUGUCAGUAUUCCUCACAGACAAACUUGACCUUGGUGAUGUAUUUAGCAUUUCAUGAUUUGAAUGCGUGUUUAGUUGUUCUUUUUUAUCCUCCCUGUCGUCACUAUAAACAAGUAAUAAUCCAUCCACAUCAGGACAGAGAGGGUGUUUUUCCUUUAGUGCUUUAGUGUUAGUUUUUAAACCGGCUGAUGGCUGAUAUCACAUUGAGGGUUUUCUAGAAAUAGUAAUUUAAGCAAAUGAGAAAAAAACUGCAGAGCUUGAGUGAUUUUUUAAAUUUUUUUUUUUUAUAAUGAGUGAUGAGGAUAGAAAAUAACACCAGUGCAUUUAAAUGAGUAAGAAAUAACAGAAUAUUCGAUUUAAAUAUUAAUUGGUAUUGUUUUGAUUUGUGGUAUUGUUAAACUGCAUUAUUCUAUGAUGGAGGAUUUUUCAGAUGAUAUAUCGUGAAAGGUAAUUUAUUGCCCAUCCCUACUUGGAAAUAUCCUUCUUCUACCUCUGAACUGCUUUGAUGAAAUCCUCCACUUUAGGUGCCGUUUUACCGAGGAGAGAGAUCGUCUACCGUCUGUCUCUUUUUUCCUGAACAGAUGGAAUAA